AUGUAUAAUAAUCAUAUUGAACUUAUAGGAGACGAUCAGUUUGUUAACUUUUUAAUGGAUUAGAAUUAGUAUUAAUAUAUUAAUAAAGAUUCAAUUUUCCAUAUGUUAAUAGUAGCUCAAUUAUGUAAUGUCAAAAUUCUGAUGAAGAUGAUCCAAAUAAGUUAUUUUCUAUAUAUCAAUUACCUAAAUAAACUUAAAGAAAGAAAUAAUAAAAAAAGAAAAAAUCAGAAGAAACAAUUUUGACUAACAAAUCAAAUAUUAAAAACACUUACAUUAACAAAAUCUCAACCCUUAUUUAAGAAUCUAAAUAAAUUAUAACUCCUAAAUUAGAGAAGAAAGUAUCUACUUAAACAGAUGAUUCUAUUUAAGCAAAACUUAUUAGAAAUAGAGAAUGUGCUAAAAAUUCAAGAUAGAGAAAGAAGAUUUAUUUAGAAUUGUUAGAAAAUAGAGUAAAUAUAUUAAAAGAAGAGUUAGAAAAUUGUAAGAGAUUUAUUAAAGGUCACAGUAAUUGUAUAUAAUAAAUUGGAUCUAAUACAUAAGUAUUUAUUUUAAAAAUAUUUUAGUUAUAAAAAUAUUAUGUAGGUAAAUCAUAAUUAUUUGAAAAAUUGGAAUCAGCAGUGUAAAACAAUUAUGAUAAUAAUGAGAUUAAUUUAUUACUUGACUCAGUAGGUAAGGAAAAGAUGGAUGCUUCAAAAUAUUUUUUGUAAUAAAUAAUGGAAAUCUCUUGUCCAAUUUAUGUGAAAUAUUUACUAUGGGCUUCAGGUUCAAACUUAACUGAACCAACCUGGUUUAGUGAUAUAUAUAGAGAAGUAAAUAUAUCAGACAAUUAAAUGAAAUCUUUAAAAAAAUUAUAUAAGAAUAUUUAAUCAGAUAAGGAGAAAUUACAAGAGUAAAAUUAUAUUUUAUAAUAGUAUUAUCAUUUAAUUGUAAAAUGUUACAGAAAAUCUCUAAUAAUAAACUAAUUCUAUAGGAAAUUUCAUUGAUGAAAUGAGAAAUAUCCUCACUCCUACUUAAGUAGCUAAGCUUUUGUUAGGUAUAGAGAAGGUAAAAGAGUGUCAUUUAUUUUUAAGAAUAAAUUUCAAAAGGAAUUUAGAUUAUCAAAUUUUUGUAAAUAAUUUGAAGAUGAAUUUGAUACAGAUAUAAAACAAGAAGAAUUGUAAUUUGAUGAUAUAAUGUAAAAAAAGAUUCACAUUUGA